CACCUUCGCGCACCGCCGCUUCCGGUCCGCGAGAGUGUGGUUCUCGCGCUCCAGAGGAUUAAAGUCUGGUGUUGCUGCGCUUGCCGUGGUUGUUUUCGCGUGUCGGCCUUCCAAGUCCGGGACAAUGGCCACAGACUCGUGGGCGCUGGCUGUGGACGAACAGGAAGCGGCUGUGAAGUCGAUGAGUAAUUUGCAGAUCAAGGAAGAGAAAAUCAAACCAGAUACCAAUGGUGUUAUCAAAGCCAGUUCCACUCCAGAGAAAACAGAUGAAGAAGAGAAAGAGGACAGAGCUGCCCAGUCCUUACUCAACAAGCUGAUCAGAAGCAACCUUGUCGAUAACACCAACCAGGUGGAAGUCCUGCAGCGGGAUCCCAACUCCCCGCUGUACUCAGUGAAGUCCUUCGAGGAGCUUCGACUGAAACCACAGCUUCUCCAGGGAGUCUAUGCCAUGGGCUUCAAUCGACCAUCCAAGAUACAAGAGAAUGCAUUACCCAUGAUGCUUGCUGAGCCCCCACAGAACCUGAUUGCCCAGUCUCAGUCUGGUACAGGUAAAACAGCUGCCUUCGUCCUGGCCAUGCUCAGCCGGGUGGAACCAGCAGAGAGAUACCCCCAGUGUCUGUGCCUCUCCCCGACAUAUGAACUGGCGCUUCAAACAGGAAAAGUGAUUGAGCAGAUGGGCAAAUUUCACCCUGAACUAAAGCUUGCUUAUGCUGUUCGAGGCAAUAAAUUGGAAAGAGGUCAGAAGAUCAGUGAGCACAUUGUCAUUGGCACCCCUGGGACCGUUCUGGACUGGUGCUCCAAGCUCAAGUUCAUUGACCCCAAGAAGAUCAAGGUGUUUGUUCUGGAUGAGGCAGACGUGAUGAUAGCUACUCAGGGCCACCAAGACCAGAGCAUCCGCAUCCAGAGGAUGCUGCCCAGGAACUGCCAGAUGCUGCUUUUCUCUGCCACCUUCGAAGACUCUGUCUGGAAGUUUGCCCAGAAAGUGGUCCCAGACCCAAAUAUCAUCAAACUGAAGCGUGAGGAGGAGACAUUGGACACCAUCAAGCAGUAUUAUGUCCUGUGCAAUAACAGAGACGAGAAGUUCCAGGCCUUGUGUAACCUGUACGGAGCCAUCACCAUUGCUCAAGCCAUGAUCUUCUGCCAUACCCGCAAAACAGCGAGUUGGCUGGCUGCAGAGCUCUCAAAAGAAGGCCACCAGGUGGCUCUGCUGAGUGGCGAAAUGGUGGUGGAACAGAGGGCUGCAGUGAUUGAGCGCUUCCGAGAGGGCAAAGAGAAGGUUCUGGUCACCACCAACGUGUGUGCCCGCGGAAUCGAUGUCGAACAGGUGUCCGUCGUCAUCAACUUUGACCUGCCCGUGGACAAGGACGGGAACCCGGACAACGAGACCUACCUGCACCGGAUCGGGCGCACCGGCCGCUUUGGCAAGAGGGGCCUGGCGGUGAACAUGGUGGACAGCAAGCACAGCAUGAACAUCCUCAACAGGAUCCAGGAGCAUUUCAACAAGAAAAUAGAAAGACUGGACACGGAUGAUUUGGACGAGAUUGAGAAAAUAGCCAACUGAGAAGCUCCAGCCGUCGCUGGUGCCCGCCCUUGGCGCUCCCCCUGCACGGGACACUAGUGCUCAUGGCCGAGCCUGGGCAGUCACCACAGAGACGAAGGAGGCACGGAUAGCGAGAAACUACCUACCUCAUUUAAAUUACGUUUGGACUUGGCAAAAAUUGUGCAAAUGAUGGGGAAGGUAGACCAAAAAGUUUGCAUCAUAAAAAAAUGUAAUCCUUUCCCCCUACCCGUCCCAUUUUGUCUGUAUCCGCAGUCUGUGGGAGUUCCUGGACCAGGGGUGGAGCCUGCACCACAGCAGCAGCCCAAGCCACUGCAGUGGCAACUCCAGAUCCUCAACCCACUGCACCACAGGGAACUCCCCCUUGUCCCCUUUUAUUUGCUUUUUAGGGCUGCACCCAUGACAUAGGGAAGUUCCCAGGCUAGGGGUCCAGUUGGAGCUACAGCUGCUGGCCUACACCACAGUCACAGCAAAGCGGGAUCCAAGCCAAGUCUCUGACCUCAGCUCACAGCAACACCGUUCUUAACCCACUGAGCGAGGCCAGGGAUUGAACCGGGGUCCUUGUGGGUACUACGCAGAUUCAUUUCCAGUGAGCCACAACAGGAACUCUCCCCCUUGUCCCUUAAAGCCACGGUUUUCUUCAUCUUUAUAAUGAUGUGUUCACUGUUCAUAAUCAUUGACCAGGGGUGGUGAGACCAGCCUCCAGCCCCUGAAGAAAUUCUGGAGGUAUAGGCAGAGGGCAGGAGAGGCCCAGGCAGCACAGCCACGAUGUCCCUCCUCUGCAUGGAUGGGGCAUAGGUGGCAGCAGCUGAAUGGCCCCCCUUCUCCAUCCUUGAGAUUUGUCACAGAUGUCUCUUGCCCAUGUCCACCUUCAUUCACCUCAAAUCCAGGUAUGUUCCAGCUGAUCUCAUUUACCUGUAUUCUCUGUGCAGAGGAGAUUUCCUGUUUCUCCCUGUGUGAGCAUCUUGGCUAUUUGUGUAAACCUCCGACUGUGGGAGAAACAUGAAGGUCAGUGAAUUUUCAGCAGGACUGAUAUGGUUAGGGUGGUGACACAGGGCUGCCUUCUGCUGCAGCUGCUCUGUUUGCUCAGGUAGCUGGUGUCACAGCAGCCAGGGGACACUGGGUGAUUUUCUGAAACAUGUCUGGCCAGUGAGUUGACCCAUGGAUGUCACACUCUGCCUGGAGGCAAGGAGCAGCGUUUGAAAAGGAAGUUAUGACUAAGUGAAAACUCUGAUUACGCUGUUCAUCCAUAAUAGUGGACCUAUUGGUUACCACUUUAAUUCAUACAUUGUAUGAAUAAGAGUGGAUAAAUUAGUGGUAUACCCAACAUUUAUUACGUUCAGAAAUUUAAAAAUAAUUAUGAAACGCUUUACUAAUCAUGAUUUGUUUUUACUUGUAUUUUUCUGCUUACUAGACUAAUAUAUAUAUAUAUAUAUGCUCAUUAAAAUGUGUGUGUGUGUGUA